GUGGAGACAGCGUAGGACAGGUAAGGCAGAAGUUACCCCCAGGCUCGCACAAAAUUGAAAUGGACUAAGAUCAAUCUGUGGAGAAAACAUUGAAUGAUUGACAACUUUAUGGACCGAAACCGGUACACGUCCGUAAUUGCGCGCAAUCUUUUAACUUCCUCCGUCCAUGUUUGAUGGCUUUGAGAAGCAUCGAGUUACCCACCUGCCGGCGAACCGAAGCUAAAGAACUUGCAUCGACACGAAAGCUAAACUUCCUCUUCGAAGAUAGCAGUCAUGGCGGACGACAAAGUGGCUAUACUGACUGAUGAUGAGGAUGAACCGAAGAGGAAGCAUGGACGGUCGGGACAUUUUGGUGUCCUCUCUCUUAAAAAGGGCCCUGAUGCGUUGCCCUCCUCCGGCCCACACACGGGCACUGCGGGCGAGGACCCUGUGCCCCCUCCAAACGUCUCCUCCUCUCAGGCCCCGGACAUGGGCUGCUGUCAACGCAUGUGCCUGCGGGUCAACCGACGCCUGUUGGUGUCCAAGAUCUUCUACUUCUUCUUCUACGCGGCCUACGGCUCGCUGCACCCGCUGCUGCCCGUCUACUACAAGCAGCUGGGCAUGACGGCCAGUCACAGCGGGCUUCUGGUGGGCAUCCGCUACUUCAUCGAGUUCUGCAGCGCCCCCUUCUGGGGGAUGGUGGCGGAUCGCUACCACAGAGGCAAGGCCGUGCUGCUGUUCUCCGUCUUCUGCUGGCUGCUGUUCAACUGCGGCAUCAGCAUCUCCCAGCAGGCGGACAUGACCUGCUCGAGCCCGCCGAUCCCCACCACCAUCGCCCCGCCACCCAACUUCACCACCAUCGCCCCGCCACCCAACUUCACCACCACGCCCAGUCACCCUGGCGUCAACGUGGACCGCACCACAAUGACCACGUUGCCUGCGAACAACAACAACAACAACAACGCGUCCGGCGAUGCCUCCACGGGCAACGGAAACCGUUCGCGACGGGAUUUGUUUGGGAAGGACCUGUCCAGCUGGCCCUAUUAUUUCAGUGAAUCUCAAACUGAGUAUGGCGCCCCCCAGAGGAUAAAACGGGAAGCCAACCUUACCAGUUUGGAUGGAACGGCAAACGGUGGCACACCAGCAAAUAGCUCCGACACCGCAUCCAAUAACAACACCUCCUCUCCAUUGGAUACUAAUGGCACAAUGACCACAAUUCCCCCGACCCCCACUACCACCACCCCAGCAACGACCACAACAACGCCGGCUCCCACGAAGCCCACCAUCAUCUACAACCAGGAGCAGGUGGAGGCCAUCUUCCUGAUGAUCCUGCUGAUGGUGAUCGUGGGCGAGUUCUUCAGCGCGCCGGCCAUCACCAUCGUGGACACGGUCACACUGCAGAACCUGGGCCGCCACCGCGACCGCUACGGCCUGCAGCGCAUGUGGGGCUCGCUGGGCUGGGGCCUGGCCAUGCUCUCCGUGGGCAUCUGGAUCGACCACACGCACCUGCACAUCCUGGUGCCCGGCUGCCCGGACCCCGCGUUCAAGAACUACACCAUCGCCUUCAUCGUGUUCGGCGUGCUCAUGGGCCUGGCGUUCGUCGUGGGCACCCAGUUCCAGUUCGACCGCCUGGACUACCGGCAGGAGGAGGACCAGCGGACGCCGCCGCCGCCGCCGGUCGAGAUGCCUCAGGUCGUCCAAAAUGCGCCCGAAUCCGCGGAAAACGGCACGCAGCAGCAGCAUCAGCAGCAUCAUCAACAGCAGCAGGGACCGUCGGCGACCCCGACCGCGGAAUUUCCCGGAAGCGAGACGUUCCACUACCGGGACCUGCUGCGCCUGCUGUGCAGCGUGCGCUACGGCACGGUGCUCUUCGUGGCCUGGUUCAUGGGCUUCGGCUACGGCUUCGUCUUCACCUUCCUCUACUGGCACCUGGAGGACCUGAAGGGGACCACCACGCUGUUCGGCGUCUGCUCCGUCCUCAGCCACGUCUCCGAGCUGGCCGCCUACUUCACCAGCCACAAGCUCAUCGAGCUCAUCGGACACAUCAGGGUACUGUACAUCGGCCUUGCCUGCAACACAGCACGAUACCUGUACAUCUCCUACCUGGUGAACGCCUGGAUCGUGCUGCCUAUGGAGGUUCUGCAAGGUGUGACCCACGCGGCGGUGUGGGCGGCGUGCAUCUCCUACCUGAGUGCGGCGGUGCCCCCGGCGCUCCGCACCUCGGCGCAGGGCAUCCUGCAGGGCCUCCAUCUGGGCCUGGGCCGGGGCUGCGGCGCCAUGGUGGGGGGCGUCUUUGUCUUCUACUUCGGUGCGGCGGUGACGUUCCGCGGCAUCGGCAUGGCCUCCCUGGUCAUCCUGAUCAUCUUCUCCCUCAUCCAGUGCCUGAUGGACAAGGAUGAGCGCAGAGGCGACAGCAGCAGCCGGGGGAAGGACCGCAUGCUGGCCGAGAACAUUCCGGUGCCGUCCAGCCCCGUGCCCAUCGCCACCAUCGACCUGGCGCAGGACCGCUCCGACGCGGAGA